AUUGUUUCUUACUUUUGACGAAUUUCUUUAGCGAAAUGGAUCGGUUCAAUCUUAAUAGUCAACUCGAACAUUUACAAUCUAAGUAUGUUGGAACUGGUCAUGCAGAUACAAAUAAAUUCGAAUGGAUGGUAAAUCAACAUCGAGAUAGCUACGCUUCGUAUAUUGGUCAUCAUUCUUUAAUUUCUUAUUUUGCCGUAGCACAAAACGAAAGCAUUGCCAGGGUGAAAUUUGAGUUUGUAGAAAAAAUGCUGCAACCUUGUGGAUUGCCUGUUCCUAGAGACGAAUAAUAACUAUUCACAGUUUAUUAGAAUUUUUUAUAUUAUAAUGCAUUAUAAUCAUCCUAAAAAACGUUUACUGAUUGUUAUUUGAAGAUUAAAAAAUUUAGCUAAUGCGAAUUUCUAUUUUAACGUGGAAAUUUUAAU